UAUACCUUACCACACUGCGUCGGGUUCGCAUAAGAGAGAAUUGAAAUUGUCAAAAUUGAAGCCAUAUGGUAGCUUAAAACUGCAACUGGAAAGAAAGACAAGAACAUCAGCAACCUCAGCAGAUUCAUUCGACAACCAUGGAUUCUGUUCCCAAGUCUUUCAAUCCAAACAGGCGUCUCAAGGAAGAAUUCGUCAGCAAUUUGACUGGAUCUUCCAUGCUGGAAAUCGCCGCCAUCACCACAAUAAUCCCAGCUCUGUUCCUGCUGCGGCGAGCAGUCGGCUUCAAUCGUCCUGCUGAUGAUGUCACAUUGAAGAAAAAUGAUGAUGCAAAAGUUGGUUCUAAGAGUUGGCAGGCUUACAUGGCUAGGCUGGCCGUGGAUUUUCUAUUCAUUAUGGUUCCAUUUGUCUUAAUUUUCACUGUCUUAUCAGAGUGGAUGUAUAUCUGGGCAACUUUGCUAAUUCUGUUACUUGUUUUCAGCAUUGCAGCCAGAAGUUUUCGUUUUGGUUCUACUUUGGAAGAAGAACCCGAUUCUAUUAGGACAAGUAUUACAUCAUUUAGGGUCGCAACGAUGAUGCUAACAUGCAUAUGUAUCUUGGCUGUUGACUUCACAAUUUUUCCUAGAAGAUAUGCCAAGACUGAGACUUAUGGUACUGGCUGGAUGGAUCUCGGGGUUGGCUCAUUUGUUGUAGCAAACUCAUUUGUGUCUCGGCAAGCACGAAAUUUAUCAUGGACGAAAUGGAAGACUGCAAUUCAAUCUACUAGUCCACUAAUCAUCCUUGGGUUUGUUCGUCUUCUCUCUACUGCAGGUCUAGACUAUCAGCAUCAUGCAGCUGAAUAUGGAGUACACUGGAAUUUCUUUUUCACACUUGCUGCCAUAUCAUUUCUUACAUCCAUAAUUAAUGUGCCCGCGCAGUAUUCUGGAAUUCUCGGUGCACUAAUUCUAGUAGGUUACGAAGGUUGGUUGAUGCAGGGGUUAAACAUGUAUCUGCUUUCUAAUGAAAGGGGAAGUGAUAUAAUUAGCCAAAAUAAGGAGGGAUUUUUUAGCAUAUUUGGAUAUUGGAGCAUGUACCUCAUUGGUGUCCAGGUGGGGAAUUUUCUUUUUUUCAGUAACCACUCCUCUGCUACAACAAGAAGCCAUAAAUGGACAAGGAAUAGAGCUGCAAUACUUUCACUUCUGUUUUGGCUAGUAACUGUGGUUAUAGAUAGCCAUGUCCAGAGAGUUUCCCGUAGAAUGUGCAAUCUGGCUUAUGUUACACUGGUAUUGGCGGUAAAUCUAGAGGGUAUGGCCAUAGUUCUGUUCUCUGAUUGUUUCCCUGGAAGCAAAACAUCAGUACUUGAAGAAGCAUAUAACCGCAAUUUGCUAGCAAUAUUUCUUUUGGCAAAUUUGCUUACUGGUCUGGUAAACUUUUUGGUGGAUACCCUGUUUGCAUCAUCAGUCAAAGCUCUUUCUGUGAUGAUUGCCUAUGCAUUCACGUUAACUUUCAUUCCUGGAUUGCUAGACUUUUGCGGCAUCCGAUUUAGAUUUUGGUGAAGCAGCUUGUAGUCGACAAUCUAAUUUUUUUAGGACAUACAUUAUGAAAUCAUAAAGAAGUCUACACCAUAGAUUUAAUUUCACUCUUGUUGGCAUUGUAUUUCCUGAUCCCCCUAAUCUAGACCUGAGGUACCUACUCUCCCUCUUUCAGCUAAGGUUGGAGGAGAAAGCGAUUGGGUAUUAGUUGAAAUUACAGUACUGUCUUUGAGUGUAUUAUGCGUUAUAAUUUUUCAAAUUAACAAGGGUAUUCUUCA